UUCUCCUUUAGAGAGCAGGGUGGGGGAGAGAGAUUAACAUCCAGCACCGCUUUAGUGAUUUGAACACGCUUUAGCUUAGAAGGGAUGGUGAGGCAGACAGACAGGCAUCAUAGUCACUGGACUAUAGAUGAUUCCGAAAGGAAUGAUGAAUGUGUGAGGGUUCCCAAGGGCUGGAAAGAAUUUUGACUCAAAAGUGGUUUAUUUUAAAUUGUUGUUAGAAAAGCCAGAGGAAAAUAUUACCAGAUGAGGGUGGCCAGUGUGAAGUUCCGGGCCCGGCGAGCCGUGGAGCCGGCAGAACAUGAACAUGAGCAUGAACACGAGCAUGAACAUCAACAUGAACAUGAGAAAGAGGCCGAAUCAGCAGUGGAGCCAACUGCUCAUGUCUCUCCAGCACAUCACCCCGGCCACCACAACUAUGACCACAUGAAGAACAAGUUCAUGAAUGAGAUUGGCCACGUGCCACUCCCGAUGUGGGCAGUUGGGGCCAUCGUUGUUCUGGUGCUGGUGUUAGUGGGAUGCUGCACCUUCUGCUUCUUCAAAAAAUGCUGUGCAAAAAAGAAAAAACCAAAGAAAGUGAGGGAGAGGAAGGCUGGCCGUCGGAAGAAGGCAGAUGACGAAGGUGGAGGGGAGGGUGGAGAUAAGGAAGAGGGGGAUAAGAAAGAAGGGGAAGGAGAGGAAAAAGAAAAGCUAGGAAAACUGGAGUUCUCCUUAGAUUACAACUUCACAGACGCACAGCUUAUAGUGGGUAUUCUACAAGCUCAAGAUCUGGCUGCCAUGGACAUGGGGGGUACCUCAGACCCAUACGUCAAAGUAUAUCUGCUCCCAGACAAAAAGAAGAAGUACGAAACUAAAGUCCAGCGCAAGAACCUGUGCCCAGUUUUCAACGAGACCUUCAUCUUCAAGAUCCCGUACACAGAGUUGGGAGGGAAGAUCCUGGUAUUGCAGGUCUUUGACUUUGACCGUUUCUCCAAGCAUGAUGUAAUUGGGGAGAUAAAGAUUCCCAUGAACAGUGUAGAUCUGGGACAACCCAUGCAGUGUUGGAGGGACCUAGAGAGCAGUGAAAAGGAAGAGGCAGAAAAACUCGGUGAUGUCUGCAUCUCUUUGCGCUACGUACCCACGGCUGGAAAACUCACUGUCAACAUAAUGGAGGCUAAGAACCUGAAGAAAAUGGAUGUUGGUGGCUUAUCAGAUCCGUUUGUCAAGAUUGUUCUGCAGCACAAUGGGAAACGGAUCAAGAAGAAAAAGACUACUGUCAAGAAGAACACGCUCAACCCCUACUUCAAUGAGAGCUUCAGCUUUGAUAUUCCCUUUGAGAUGAUCCAGAAAGUGCAGGUCGUCAUAACAGUGUAUGAUUAUGACAAACUUGGAAGCAAUGAUGCAAUUGGAAAGACCUUCAUGGGUUACGGUGCCACAGGAGUGGGGCUCAAACAUUGGUCAGAAAUGUUGGCCAAUCCCAGACGUCCAGUGGCACAGUGGCAUGUCCUCUGUCCAGAGGAAGAGGUGGAUGCAGCUCUCAAAGUCCCACCUCGUUAAAUUGCCCUCAUUAGGAUCAUUACUUUUUUCCACAACCAAAACCAUGUUUUGAUGUGUCUUGGAGUGUUGUUACAAUCUCUUGGUUUGUCUCUUUGAUGUUUGUUUUUUUAUGUUGAUGAUAUUAUGUCAUUUUUCAUAGUUUUUGGUGUGUGAGAGCUUGUUAGUGGUUGUGUGCAUCAUCACAGCAUGCAUACAUGCAUGUAUGAGCAUUUCUGUUUGUGUGUCUGAUUUCAUUUGAUAUUUUAAAAAUUUCCUAAACUUGUGUUAAUGUUCUAAGUAAUUAUAUUUGUAAUAUACAGUACCAUUCAACA